CCUGGUUUGAUGUCCGUGUAACAGACAGAAUAAACUUAGUAUCGUAGAUUAAGACUGGAGGAGCAGCAACCAGAGGCGCGGUCGAGCCGUUAACCCUGACAGGAAGAUCACGCCUCCGUAAGAGCUGAUAAGGCAUGUGAUCACCUAACCUCAGGUGACAGUUCUGAGGAAGGCAGAAGAUAAACGGCCAAAGUGGUCCGACAAGUUUUCUCUCGUGUGAUCACUGGACUGAACACAGAUCCACAUCAGACGUCCUCCAGGAAACAUGAAGGAGAUUUUCCACUCAAACUGAGAGACGAGGACAGAGCAGAGUCUCCAGGACCCAGCGGUCUGUCUGUGAAGAGUGACCAGUCUAUGGGAAAACCUUUACACUUCAGUCAUGAACCUGGAGCCUCAGAGACAAAAGACCAGUUUGCUGUUUCUGUGGACGAGCAGACGUCCCGCUGUCCUCUGUGUCAGGACGUCCUGAAGCAUCCAAUCUUCACCAGCUGCGGUCACCGGUUCUGCAAACGCUGCAUCUCUUCGUACUGGGACCAGUCUGGUCCACCAGGAGACUCCUGCUGUCCCCAGUGUGGACAAAGACCCAGGACAGGACAUGGACCACAGAGCAUCCCAGAUGUUGGUCUGCAGAAGGUUCUAGAUGAACAUAAGAUCAGUCUGAGGAGGAGAUUUGAACAUGUGACUGAAGGAACUGAAGGAACAGGAAGUAGAACCCUCCUGAACAGGAUCUUCACUGAGCUCUACAUCACAGAGGGACAGAGUGAAGAGGUCAAUACUCAACAUGAGGUGAUGCAGCUGGAGACGACCUCCAAGAAGAAGACGGUCCAGGACACUCCCAUCAAGUGCUGCGACAUCUUUAAACCCUUACCUGACCAGCAGGGGAGCAUCAGAGUCGUCCUAACCAACGGCGUCGCUGGUGUUGGAAAAACCUUCUCGGUGCAGAAGUUCACUCUGGACUGGGCCGAGGGUUUGGAAAACCACGAUGUGAAUCUGCUGAUUGUGCUCUCGUUCAGGGAGCUGAACCUGAUCAGAGAUCAGCAGCACAGUCUUCUCACGCUGCUCCAUGUUUUCUAUCCAACAUUAGAGAAGGUCAGCGCAGAGAAGCUCGCUGUCUGUAAACCUUUGUUCAUCUUUGACGGCCUGGAUGAAAGCAGACUCUCACUGGACUUCAGCAGCAGGACGCUGCUUUCUGACGUCACACACAUGUCAUCAGUCAACGUGCUGCUGACCAACCUCAUCCAUGGGAAUCUGCUUCCCUCGGCUCUCAUCUGGAUAACUUCUCGACCUGUGGCGGCCAAUCAGAUCCCUCCUACAUGUGUUGCCAGGGUAACAGAAGUACGAGGCUUCACUGACGACCAGAAGGACGAGUACUUCAGGAAGAGAUCCAGAACUGAAGAUCUGUCCAGCAGAAUCAUCUCACACAUCAAGACGUCCAGGAGCCUCCACAUCAUGUGUCAAGUCCCAGUCUUCUGCUGGAUCAGUGCUACAGUUCUGGAGCACAUGUUGACAACAGAGCAGAGAGGAGAGCUGCCCAAGACCCUGACAGACCUGUACUCACACUUCCUGCUGGUUCAGACAAAGAGGAAGAAGAACAAGUACGAUAAAGGACAUGAGACGAGUCCACAGGAGCUGACGGAGGCCGACAGGGACUUUCUUCUGAAGCUGGGAAAGCUGGCCUUUAAACAUCUGCAGAAAGGAGACAUCAUGUUCUACCAAGAAGACCUGAAGCGGUGUGGUCUUAGUGUGACAGAGGCCUCGGUGUACUCAGGAGUUUGUACAGAGAUCUUCAGAAGAGAGAGCGUGAUCUUCCAGAAAUCAGUCUACUGCUUUGUUCAUCUGAGUGUUCAGGAGUUUCUGGCUGCAGUCUACAUGUUCCACUGUUUCAGCAGCAGGAAGAAAAAGGUCCUGAAUACCUUCCUGAGAAAACCUAAUUUUAUUAACAAGCUCUCCUCAGUUUUUGGAACCAUUGCUGAGAGUGACUUAUCUCUGGAUGUGUUCCUGAACGCAGCCAUGGAGAAAUCACUUCAAAGGGAAAAUGGUCACCUGGACCUGUUUGUUCGCUUCCUUCAUGGACUCUGUCUGGAGUCCAACCACAGACUCUUAGGAGGUCUGCUGGGUCAGACUCAGAACAGUCCAGAAAUCAUCCAGAGGGUCAUUGAGAACCUGAAGGAGAUGAACACAGACAACAUCUCACCUGACAGAAGCAUCAACAUCUUCCACUGUCUGACAGAGAUGAACGAGCAAUCAGUGCAUCAGGACAUCAAAAAGUUCAUGAAGUCAAAGAACAGAAAAAAGAAACUCUCUGAGAUCCACUGCUCAGCUCUGGCCUACAUGCUGCUGAUGUCUGAGGAGGUUCUGGAUGAGUUGGACCUGAGCAAGUACAGAACAUCAGACCAGGGGAAACAGAGACUGAUUCCAGCUGUGAGGAACUGCAGGAAGGCUCGGUUGAGUGGCUGCAGAUUGACAGAGAUCAGCUGUUCUUCUCUGGUCUCAGCUCUGAAGUCCAACCCCUCACACCUGAGAGACCUGAACCUGAGUCAUAACAAGCUGCAGGAUUCAGGAGUGAAGCUGCUGUGUUCUGGACUGGAGAGUCCACAUUGUAGACUGGAGACUCUGGGGUUGAGGGGCUGCAGUUUGACAGAGAUCAGCUGUUCUUCUCUGGUCUCAGCUCUGAAGUCCAACCCCUCACACCUGAGAAAACUGGACCUGAGUUAUAACCAGCUGCAGGAUUCAGGAGUGAAGCUGCUGUGUUCUGGACUGGAGAGUCCACAUUGUAGACUGGAGACUCUGUGGUGAGUUCACUGACUGAAGCUGCUGUUGUUUUUUUAAACUUUCAUUUCAUUUACAUUAAACUCAUUUUAUUCACUGAUGAA